AUGUUCAAAAUAGCAUUGGAUUGGGUGCCAUCUGACAGCCAUGUCAUUCGAGCUGACAAAACACCUGCCGGUGAACACACAAAGAGGUUUAAUUCACCCACCAUUGGCGAAGUGGCUGUUGUCAUUGUGGGAGAAAAUUUAGAAUCGAGAGAUAUAGUGCUUCAUUGUCGGAAUAAUGAUUUAAAACGUAUAUCUGAAACACACAAGAUUUAUGAUGCGUUAAAAUAUCCUUAG